UGGUUUCAAAAAAGCUUUUCAUUUUUUCUCUUGUACCUGGUCAGGGUGAAGUAACCAUGCAGGCAUUUCUAAAAGGCACAUCUAUCAGUACUAAACCACCAUUGACCAAGGAUCAUCGAGGAGUAGCUGCCACAGCAGGAAGCAGUGGAGAAAACAAGAAAGCCAAACCUGUUCCCUGGGUGGAAAAAUAUCGCCCAAAAUCUGUGGAUGAAGUUGCUUUCCAGGAUGAAGUUGUUGCAGUGCUGAAAAAGUCUUUAGAAGGAGCUGAUCUCCCUAAUCUGUUGUUUUAUGGGCCACCUGGAACUGGAAAAACAUCCACUAUUUUAGCAGCAGCUAGAGAACUUUUUGGGCCUGAACUUUUUAGAUCAAGAGUUCUUGAGUUAAAUGCAUCUGAUGAACGUGGAAUACAAGUAGUUCGAGAGAAAGUGAAAAAUUUUGCUCAAUUAACUGUAUCAGGAAGUCGUUCAGAUGGGAAACCAUGUCCUCCUUUUAAGAUUGUGAUUUUGGAUGAAGCAGAUUCUAUGACUUCAGCUGCUCAGGCAGCUUUAAGACGUACCAUGGAGAAAGAGUCUAAAACCACCCGAUUCUGUCUCAUUUGUAACUAUGUCAGUCGAAUAAUCGAACCCCUGACCUCUAGAUGUUCAAAAUUCCGCUUCAAGCCUCUGUCAGAUAAAAUUCAACAGCAGCGAUUACUAGACAUUGCUGAGAAGGAAAAUGUCCAAAUUAGCAAUGAGGUAAUACCUUAUCUUGUUAAAGUGUCAGAAGGAGACUUAAGAAAAGCCAUUACCUUUCUUCAGAGUGCUACUCGCUUAACGGGUGGGAAGGAGAUUACGGAGAAAGUGAUUACAGACAUUGCUGGGGUAAUACCAGCUGAGAUAAUCGAUGGAAUAUUUGCUGCCUGCCAAAGUGGCUCCUUUGACAGACUAGAAGCUGUGGUAAAGGACUUAAUAGAUGAGGGUCAUGCAGCAACCCAGCUUGUAAAUCAACUUCAUGAUGUGGUUGUAGAAAAUGAUGACCUUUCUGAUAAACAGAAGUCCAUUAUUACAGAAAAACUUGCUGAAGUUGAUAAAUGCUUAGCAGAUGGUGCUGAUGAACAUCUACAACUGAUAAGCCUUUGUGCAACUGUGAUGCAACAGUUAACUCAGAAUUGUUAAGAUAACAAAAUACCUCCUGUGACUGUAACUUUGCUUUUUGUAAGUAUGGGGUUCUGAAAAAAUAAAAUCACCAAAACACCUUUAAA